AUGUCCAUACUUCAAUCAGUGGAUAAAGCAUUUUUUCGACGAACACACCCGCUCUCUGGUCUCCAAUCGUUGAGCUUUCUCUCUCCCUGCCUGGCAUUCGAGGUUUCAGAAUUGUGUCUGCACCGUUCCUCAUACAUCCGGACCAACGUACUAACCUAUGAUGAGUUAGAGAAGGCUGUCCCCAUUCUUUCGCUUGCUCAGCUCUUGAAAAAGUUACUUCUAUCCGUGUUCACAAUCACCCCAGAGACGGUCUGCUCAUCUCCAUACAAACGACCGUCUACCAUCUGGAAAAUCUGCGUGAAAUGUCCCAGAAAGUUUACUCAGAAGCUCCAAUACGUCACUGGUCGAGAAGGGGACAAUUCGGCCCAUGCGAAUGACCGCUUGGCUAAAGCUACGCCAAGCAAUUUCGGGACCGAGAAGAUCGACGCCACGGAAGCACGCUCGGGAGUCGUUAUCAAUCUUGAUCGUUAUGUGAAAGCUAGCUACACCACCCCGACCUCAACUCUGGUACCAAUAUCCUUUGCCUGGAACAUGAAAUUACAUAACUUCAUCCGAUACCCUUCGGACCUCGAAAUACCAUCAGACUGA